AAUUGAAAUUUAUUAAAUAUUCUUAACCACGUCACACUGUGCCGGUCGUCUUCUAUGGAUAGUAGUUCUAAAUUAAUUCGCUUAAGUGUUUUAUAUUUUAAUCUAUUGUUAUUAAAUUAAUUUUGUUAUUAAAAAAUUAACUAAAUUUAAUUUUAUUUAAUAAAUAAAUGCUUUUUGGUUGUAAAUUUGUUUAAUAACUAACAGAUCAGCCGGUAAAUUUACAAAAAUUAAUUAUAUCUCCACCGAAAAUCAAGUUACUAAGCAUAGAACCACAUAAUGAGUCUAACAGAUAUUUCUACACACUUCACUGAGUCAACGCUCGAUGCUAUAAUACAAAAAGCUGGAGGCACCAAACAUACUUCCUUUAAGUUUGGUAAGGGUUUUAAAAAAGGUGAUUCAUAUCUUUCGAAGGUCUUUCGGCUGUGUGUCUAUGGUGUUAACGAAGGCAAUGGAUCAACAAUUGAAGUUAAUUUGAUUGUAAAGGCAAUGCCCGAUAAUCUUGCUAGACGUAAACUUUUUCGUUCGGUAGUUUUCUUCCGAAAUGAAAUUAAUUUUUAUACUCAUAUUGUACCUGCUUGGGAGGAAUUCCAAGCUAAACGAAAUCCUACAAAUCCCUUCACUGAAUAUCCUAUUUGUUAUGCUACACAUUGCGAUGGAGAAAAUGACUUUGUUGCUUUGGAAGAUGUGAGCUUCUCCGGAUAUGGUUCACCAAAUAGAAUGAACUAUAUAACUUUGGAGGAGUGUUUAUUAACAAUGCGUACACUGGGACGCUUCCACGGUAUUACAUUAGCAUUAAAAGCUUUAGAUCCACAAAAAUUUGAAGAGACUUCAAAACAUUUAGAAGAAACCUAUUACGAUGAGAAGUAUCGUAACUGGUACGUAGGGUUUCUAAAACUUGCUUGUAAUGUUGCCAACGAUGCUGUUUCGAAAACAUAUCCAGAAUCCAAAUAUGAAACAAUUGCUAAUAAAUUUUUACAACCAAAACUUUACGAUGAUCUAAUUAGUCUAGUAUCCACAAAAAGUAAAUUAAGCGUUUUUGGACAUGGGGACUGCUGGACACCAAACUUCUUAACUUCAUACACAAAAGAUGGUAAGCCCGAAGCAAUUAAAAUCAUCGACUUUCAGUUAGCGCGUUGCGGUUCACUAGCUUUGGAUAUAUCAUUCUUUAUUUAUUCGUGUACUAGUGAAGAGUUACGUGAUAACUAUUAUCUGGAGUUACUUGAGGCUUAUCAUAAAAGUGCUAGUGCCAUAAUUGCUGAUUUAGGCGCCGAUCCGGAAGCCGUAUUAUCCUGGCAAGCAUUACUAAAUGAAUUGCAAAAUUUUGCACGUUUUGGUUGUGGCAUGGGUAUUGAAUCUCUACCUAUGUCUUUAAUUGAAGAUGAUGAAGUUGCCGACUUAGAUGAAAUUAAAGAGAAUGCUGUUCUUACUGAUGUUUGGAAUAUAACGCCAUUUAAAGAGGCAAAAAAGCGCGAACGUAUAGCACAAAUAUUAAAACAUGCCAUUGAUCAAGGUUAUAUUAAGUAGAACUAUAAAAAUAGCUACAAUACUCAACUUUAUACAUAUUUGUAUAUAAAAUUUUUUUUAACACUAUUAUAUAUAAAAUAAAAGAAAUACAUUUUCCAUUGA